CUCGACAACGGAUCUCGCUGCUACGGCCCUCCGUUCACCAUAGCCUCCAUGGGUGUACGUCCUAAAUUUCGGCCUCCCUGUUCUUCUUUGCCACGAGAUGCGCGUCGGGUAUCGAGCUCAACGAAGUCGAGGCUCGACACUUCUUCACGAAGUCAUGUCAGAAUAGCCCACUCUUCCACACUCCGCUGGCUCAGAGCGCUACUAUGAGCAUCUCCAGUCCACAGGAUGGCGACACAACAUGAGUUUCUCUACCCGCCGCUGUCGACUAUCACGCCUACCGACCGGAGAGGCAUCUACUGGAUUAUUGGCGUCAUCUGCGUCUGUCAUAUUCUCUUGACGUUGUUCCUCCGGCUUAUGGUGCGAUGGCGAAGAUUCCAGAUAGAUGACUACGCUGUCGUGGCAGGCUGCAUCCUCUUCCUGGCGCAGACGGGUGUGGCUUUUGGCGCAGUCGCUCUGCAUCUCGGCUCGGCUGAUGGCGGCGAGGAUGAGUCGAGAGCGUCGAUCGCAUGGCAUCUUUUCCUUGCAAGCGAAGCACUGUACGUGGUGGGCCUUUACGCAGCCAAGCUUGCAGUACUCUUGACUGUGCAGAGCUUGCUGGCAAGAGACAUGGCAGUGCGCAUAGUCUUCCACUGCACUCUUGGGGCAGUAACAGUUCUUGGUUUUGCUUCACUCUUGACUGUCCUCGUCGGAUGUGAUGGGCACGAUCUGCUCACUGGCGGUGGCGACAACUGCAACCGCGAGACAAGAUGGAUCGCCGUUGCCAUCAUGGAUGCGCUGAGCGAGCUGUGGGGUUUCGCCUUGUUCUGCUGGGUCGUAUGGUCUUUGCAGAUGCGAUCCUCGUACAAAAUUACAGCAUCAGCUAUGGUCGGCUUGCGGCUGCUCUGCAUCAUCUUCGCCGCCAUGCAUGCCGACAGAGUCGAACAAUUUGUGAACAGCAGUCGCCCAUCCACGAUAGUCAUCCGGCCUUUGACUUGGCAAACCUUAGGCCUGACAUACUCGCUGUUCUCCGCCAUGGCAAUCGCUCUUCGACCAUUUCUCAAGGAUUUCCAUACAGGUAUGGGCAUGGAUCUGGGCCACGCAGCAGAUUAUGGCAGUGGGAGCAGAAAGAUUACGAAAGAGAGUUUCAAGAUGCAGAACAUGUCACCAGAAGGAACCAGAGAUCAGAAAGGUGGGAAUACAGAAGACAUAAUUGCGGCAUCGAGUCCGGCAGAGAGCACGGUAUUCACACCAGAAGAUCAGAACUAUGUUGCGGAGAUUUACCACGCGAAUCGCAAGGCGAGUAACGGGAGUAUGCGUUCCGAGGAUCCCAUCAUUCGAAAGCAGGUUGACUAUGAUGUGACUUACGAACGAUGAUGAAUAGAGCAAACGGCAAGACACAGACAACACAGGCAAAAGCCACAAAGAUCUCCUUCCUAAUUGAGCCG